AUGUCUAAUCUCAUAACUCACUGUCUUGAAAGACUAAACUUAGAAGAUGCUGAUAAAGUCAAAGCAAGAGCAGAACAGUUUUAUGGUCAACUUUCUAGUCUACCUGUUAAAUUAUUUGACAAAGGUCCCAACUUGAAAGCUGCUAUUUCUAUCCAAUUGGCUUAUGAAAGUUUGGGUCAUCAUGAUUGGAGUAUCAAAUUAGCUUGUCAGUUAGCAGGCUGUACCGCUUCUGCGUAUGAUACAGCCCUAAGCAAUGUACGAAAGCAAUUGAAUAUCCAACCUUCUGUCACAUUCGACAGUUUGUGUGUGGUUUUAGGUUCAACCACCAUGUUGAAUCCAGUAAGAGAAUUAUGGGAAAGUUUCAAUACAACCUACCUUGAACAGUUCAAAGGAAUCAAAAGAGCAAAUGCAGAGAAAGAAUUAGAAUUGCCUUGUUGGAAAGGAGCUGUUAUGUAUUGUUGUGCUAAAGCAUUUGGGGUAAGUCAUUGA